UUCAACUCGGUGGGCUACUUUCUAUUCUCACGUCCAUCAAAAAUCAAACAAAAACAACAAAAAAAUCACCGCCGACAAGGAUCGCGAACUACCAGCUUUUAAAUAAAUCUACAUAUCAAACUGGCGGAAAUACAGUGACUAUGAGCGAAGAGCACCAGCAGGAAACUCGCCCCGCCGGCGCAGAAGACGAGGAAACCCUACUCGCUCGCCACCGGAAGGAGAAAAAGGAACUGGUGGCCAAAGUGCAAUCCCUUAAGAAAGCCAAAGUAGACAAGAAGAAAAAGAAGGAACUGCAGGACGAAAUAGCUCGGCUGGAAGCGGAUUUGGAGGCUCGACAUUCGGACGAAUUGAACCGGUUGAAUGCGCUGAAGAUUAGCGAUAAAUCGGUCGAAGUGUUGGAUGAUCAGGUGUCUGAAACGGCGGCCGAGGAAAAGCAACCGAAACUUUCGAAAGCCCAACGAAGGCGAGAAAAGAAGUCUCAGGAUAAUAAGGAACGGGAGGCACAGAUUAAAGCAGAAGAAAUGUUGCACCGCGAUUCUCCCCGCAUCCUGGAGGACAGAAAGAUUGUAGAAUUACUCACAAAGCGUGGUCUUGCACCGUUCCCGGUUCCAGCCGACGGCGAUUGUUUGUACAAUGCCGUUAAGCACCAGCUCGCCCGAAUAGGCAUAUGCGAGUAUGAAACGUCCGAUUUGCGUCAGCUGGCGGCCGAUUACAUCGAAGCUAACCAGGAAAGUUUGAUAUGCUACAUGACCAACCCGGAAACGGCCGAUAUUCUAAGUGAGGAGGAGUUUCGAAAGUACUGCUUCCAGGUGCGUAACACGAAAGCGUGGGGAGGUGAAAUCGAGGUGAAGGCACUUUCCAGCAGCUUAAAGUGCCCGAUCGAAAUCGUGCAGGCCAGCGGAACUUCUCCCGUUCAUGGUGAGGAAGGGGAUCCCGAGCGGAAGCUGGUGCUAACCUACCACCGGCAUAUGUAUCGGCUGGGAGAGCAUUAUAAUUCUACGGUGCCGAUCGGGAAAAGUGAUGACGGCGGGGUGGAUGAAGAGGAGGAGCAGGAUGAUGGUUAGGAAGGUUAGGUCGUGGGCGAUAAAGUUGUAAUUGUGAAAUAGAAAUGCUGCCAAUA